ACCAACACGCACUAAUCAGUUCAGGUCCAGCAUCUAGACCCAGACGAACUGACCGGAGGCCUAACUUGUCCUGGCUGACCUGGUCAGCCUCCAGAGUAUGGUCUGGCUGGGGCCCCGUUUGCUGCUCCCCAUCCUCUGUCUGGCUUCUCAUGUUGGCGCCGCGGUGGACCUGACGCUGCUGGCCGACCUGCGGCUCGCCGAGCCCCAGCGCUUCUUCCUGACCUGCGUGUCCGGGGAGGCCGGGCCGGGCCCGGGCGCCGACGCCUGGGGGCCCCCGCUGCUGCUGGAGAAGGACGACCGCAUCGUGCGCACGCCGCGGCCCGGGCAGCCCCCGCACCUGCUGCGCAACGGCUCGCACCGCGUCACGCUGCGCGGCUUCUCGCAGCCCUCCGACCUCGUGGGCGUCUUCUCGUGCGUGGGCGGCGCGGGCGCGGGGCGCACGCGCGUUCUCUACGUGCACAACAGCCCGGGAGGUGAGUCCGGCCCGCGGGGGCGGGGACCGGAGGGGAGGCGCCCUUGA